AAGGAAACGGGAGAGGGAGGUGUGGAAAACUUUGCUAAGGGAGGUCACUUGCCACAGCCUCUGGUGAAGAGCCCCCUGUCUCGAUCAGCUCCGUCCCUUCGGGGUGCACAUCCCAGAGGAGGGUGAAGCAAGUUGGAGCGCCCCUCGGGAGUGCCGCACCGGGCAUGGCCACCUUUCCCGGCAUCUGGAGGAGCACGUGUGCGAGUGUCCUCACCCAGUCACGAAGCUGCUGAGGCCGUCGCAGGGCCGUGGGCGCCAGGAGAGGAAGGCGGCGUCCGAGGGCCGCAUAGCCAUGCCUUUCGGCCUGAAGCUCCGCCGGACGCGGCGCUACAACGUCCUGAGCAAGAACUGCUUUGUCACGCGGAUCCGCCUGCUGGACAGCAAUGUCAUCGAGUGCACACUGUCGGUGGAGAGCACGGGGCAGGAGUGCCUGGAGGCCGUGGCCCAGAGGCUGGAGUUGCGGGAGACGCACUACUUUGGCCUUUGGUUUCUCAGCAAGAGCCAGCAAGCACGAUGGGUGGAGCUGGAGAAACCUCUGAAGAAACAUCUGGACAAAUUUUCUAAUGAGCCUCUGCUUUUCUUUGGAGUCAUGUUCUAUGUGCCAAAUGUGUCAUGGCUUCAGCAAGAGGCCACAAGAUAUCAGUAUUACCUGCAAGUCAAAAAAGACGUGCUUGAAGGCCGGUUGCGGUGUACGUUGGAACAGGUGAUCCGGCUGGCCGGCUUGGCUGUGCAAGCUGAUUUUGGAGACUACAAUCAAUUUGAUUCUCAAGAUUUCCUCAGAGAAUAUGUGCUAUUUCCUAUGGAUUUGGCCCUGGAGGAGGCCGUUCUGGAGGAGCUGACACAGAAGGUAGCCCAAGAACACAAAGCCCACAGUGGGAUCCUGCCAGCAGAAGCUGAGCUCAUGUACAUCAAUGAAGUGGAACGUUUGGAUGGAUUUGGACAGGAGAUCUUCUCUGUGAAGGACAAUCAUGGAAACAGUGUGCACCUGGGCAUUUUCUUUAUGGGGAUUUUCGUGAGAAACAGAAUUGGAAGACAAGCGGUAAUAUACAGGUGGAAUGAUAUCGGGAAUAUCACUCACAACAAGUCUACUAUUCUAGUGGAGCUCAUCAACAAAGAAGAGACUGCCCUCUUUCACACGGAUGAUAUUGAAAAUGCCAAGUACAUCUCUCGGUUGUUUGCUACGCGACACAAAUUUUACAAACAAAACAAAAUCUGCACUGAACAAUCAAAUUCUCCACCCCCCAUCAGACGCCAGCCCACCUGGAGCCGAUCCUCUCUGCCCCGACAGCAGCCGUACAUCUUGCCUCCCAUGCACGUCCAGUGUGGCGAGCACUACUCGGAAACUCACACUUCACAAGACAGCAUUUUCCACGGGAAUGAAGAAGCCUUGUAUUACAACUCUCACAACAGUCUGGAUUUAAAUUAUUUAAAUGGCACCGUCACCAAUGGCAGCGUGUGUAGUGUUCACAGCGUCAACUCCCUCAGCUGCUCCCAGAGUUUCAUCCAGGCUUCUCCUGUGUCCUCCAAUCUCAGUAUCCCAGGGAGUGACAUCAUGCGGGCUGACUACAUCCCUAGCCACCGGCACAGCGCCAUCAUCGUGCCAUCUUACCGGCCUACCCCCGAUUAUGAGACAGUCAUGCGGCAGAUGAAGAGGGGGGUCCUGCACGCCGACAGCCAGAGCCAGUCUCUGCGAAACCUCAACAUCAUCAAUACGCAUGCCUACAACCAGCCGGAGGAUCUGGUGUACAGCCAGCCCGAGAUGCGGGAGAGGCACCCCUACACUGUCCCUUAUGGGCCACAGGGAGGCUAUGGUCACAAACUUGUCAGUCCAUCUGACCAAAUAAACCCAAAGAAUAACUCGGUGCCGAGCAAGCCGGGGGCAAGUGCCAUCUCCCACACGGUGAGCACGCCAGAGUUGGCCAACAUGCAGCUCCAAGGCACCCAGAACUACAACACGGCUCAUAUGCUCAAAAACUAUCUCUUCAGGCCGCCACCCCCUUACCCACGGCCGCGCCCUGCCACCAGCACCCCAGACCUCGCCAGCCACCGCCACAAGUACGUCAGCGGCAGUAGCCCCGACCUGGUGACCCGCAAAGUGCAGCUGUCCGUGAAGACCUUCCAGGAGGACAGCUCCCCGGUGGUGCACCAGUCUCUCCAGGAGGUGAGCGAGCCCCUCACGGCCACCAAGCACCACGGCGCAGUGAAUAAGCGCCACAGCCUGGAGGUGAUGAGCAGCAUGGUGCGGGGCAUGGAAGCCAUGACCUUGAAGUCACUCAAUAUCCCCAUGGCCCGCCGAAACACGCUCCGGGAGCAGGGGCCACCCGAGGAGGUGCCAGGGAGCCACGAGGCCCACCAGCUUCCCCAUUACCACCACAAGAAGACUUUCUCCGAUGCCACCAUGCUGAUCCACAGCAGUGAGAGUGAGGAGGAGGAGGAGGAGGUCCCGGGAUCGGUGCCCCAGAUCCCUGUGCUCCGGGAGAAGAUGGGGUACAGUGCCCAGCUGCAGGCGGCCUUGGCCCGAAUCCCAAACAAACCCCCACCCGAGUACCCUGGCCCAAGGAAAAGUGUUAGCAAUGGGGCGCUACGGCAAGACCAGGUCAGCCUGCCUCCUGCCAUGGCCAGGGCCAGGGUCCUGAGACACGGGCCAGCCAAGGCCAUCAGCGUCUCCCGCGCUGACCAGCUGGCAGUGGCUGGGCCUUCCCUGGGCCCGUCCAUCUCUGAACCCGACCUGACAAGCGUAAAGGAGCGGGUCAAAAAAGAGCCUGUGAAGGAGAGACCCGUGUCUGAGAUGUUCUCCCUGGAAGACAGCAUCGUAGAGAGAGAGAUGGCCCUCAGGAAUCUAGAGAAGCAGAAGAUGGCAAGCCUGGAGGCACAGAAGCGGCCGCUCAUGUUGGUAGCGUUGAAUGGACUCUCAGUUGCCCGGGUCUCGGGGCGGGAAGAGAAUCGAGCUGAUGCCACCCGAGUUCCCAUGGACGAGAGGUUCAGAACCCUGAAGAAAAAGCUAGAAGAGGGAAUGGUGUUCACAGAAUAUGAGCAGAUUCCAAAGAAGAAGGCGAAUGGCAUUUUCAGCACAGCGGCUCUGCCAGAAAAUGCCGAACGAAGCCGCAUCCGAGAAGUUGUCCCCUAUGAGGAGAACAGAGUAGAGCUGAUCCCGACCAAAGAGAAUAACACAGGUUACAUUAAUGCCUCCCAUAUCAAGGUGGUGGUUGGUGGGGCGGAAUGGCACUACAUAGCCACUCAGGGGCCCCUGCCGCACACAUGUCACGACUUCUGGCAGAUGGUGUGGGAGCAGGGAGCGAACGUGAUUGCCAUGGUCACUGCGGAAGAGGAAGGCGGAAGAACCAAGAGCCACCGAUACUGGCCCAAACUGGGUUCCAAGCACAGCUCGGCCACCUAUGGCAAGUUCAAGGUCACCACAAAGUUCCGAACAGAUUCUGGUUGCUAUGCAACCACAGGCUUGAAGGUCAAGCACCUUUUGUCUGGGCAGGAAAGGACGGUGUGGCAUUUGCAGUAUACCGACUGGCCGGAUCACGGCUGCCCAGAAGAUGUUCAAGGAUUUUUAUCCUACUUGGAGGAGAUCCAGUCGGUCCGUCGCCAUACCAACAGCAUGCUGGAAGGCCCCCGGAACCUGCAUCCUCCCAUCGUCGUCCACUGCAGCGCCGGGGUGGGGCGGACCGGCGUGGUCAUUCUUUCUGAGCUGAUGAUCUACUGCCUGGAGCAUAAUGAAAAAGUGGAAGUACCCAUGAUGCUGAGACUCCUCAGGGAGCAAAGGAUGUUCAUGAUCCAGACCAUCACUCAGUACAAGUUUGUCUACCAAGUCCUCAUCCAGUUCCUCCAAAACUCCAGACUCAUUUAACCACCCCCCCGCCCCGCCCCAGCUACUGGGAGAGGGCCCCAGCUCCAUCUGCAGAUGGGGAGGCACCUCCAGACAACAUCUGCUCCCCCAGCAGGGCGCGGAUGGCCAGAGCAGGCAGGUCAUCGGCUCCUUGAUGACAGGAGCCAAGAUUAUUCACAAACAUCAUAUAUUAUUUUAUAUGAGAUAAUUUAUUUUUUUCCCCUUUUGGAUAAUUUUUGUGAAUCAUUGUAAUGCAGUUUUCACCAUUAAUAUAGUACUUUUCAUUUGAACCUUUUUUUUUUUUUUUUUGACUGAUCUGCAUUGUAAAUAUGUCAGGGAAGGUUGCCUGGUGGAUUGUUUGGGGGACAGAGGCAUAAAGGGAACACAUCUCUAGUGAAGUUGCAGCCAGAUGAGUAGCCAAGCCUGAAAUUCAGCGGCCUGAUUGCUCAUGUCCAAAUCAAAGAUGGCAAGAAAAUGAAUUCGUUCUAAAAUAAGGGCUAAGGCCCUUCCCUGAAGGAAAACAACAACAACAACAACAAAAAACACUAUUUUCUUGUAUUUGGGGGUUCCUGAGCCUUGAUGGACACUGGCGUCCUUUCUUCCUUUCUGCCCUCGUCCUCAGCAGCUUGAGUUAAAGACAGGGAGCAGCUAGAGGAAACGCGGCCUUUAUGAUGCAGUAUGGCCAUCGCCCAGGCUGAACGAGGAGCUCUGGGUUGUACCUUUCUCAACACCCCUUCUUCUGGACUCUGGGGCCCCGUGUUCCCUGCCGGGGACUGCACCCUCAAUAUUUCGCUACUACUUCCUGUUUACUCAGUGGGCCCCAGUCUGGUGGUCUUUGAGGCUCUGGGCCAGGCCAUCUGUGCAGCUAGGCCUCUUGCCCGAUUGAGAGAAGAUAAUGGGCCGGAGUGGGAAGAGAAAGGAGAUGGGCAGGCCCUUGAUGGUGUUUCUUAUUUAAAUAGGAUGUGUGUGCUGGACGGGGGCCUGCAGGUCGAGGUGCUGGGUACAUUCUGUCUUUCCAUCAGUCACCAAGUCACUGGAAAGGUUAUAAAGGGAACAGUUGGGAACGCUGAUUUAUGGGGGCUGUUUGGCACUCAGGUGGCAGGGCCCUGGCCAGGAACCGCAGCGAGGGUGAGCCCCCUCCCAGCUGCGCUGCUGUCCCCCCAGGCUCUGGCCUGCAAGAGCAGAACUAAGCCCACUCAGAACGCUGUAAUCCAAAUUUUGGCCACUGGAUGAAAAAUGCUGGGACCUGUCUCGCACGAAGCCCCUCACUGCUUUCCUGUUCUCUGGGCACCCCACCCUCCAGUCACCUUGCAGCUUGGUUCCGUUUGUCUCUUCCUGAGCCUACGCUGGUCAUUGUCCUGAAUUUCUUUUUUUUUUUUUUUAAAGAUUUUAUUUAUUUAUUCAUGAGAGACAGAGAGACGCAGAGACACAGGCAGAGGGAGAAGCAGGCUCCAUGCAGGGAGCCCAAGGUGGGACUCGAUCCCGGGUCCCCAGGAUCACACCCUGAGCCAAAGGCAGGCGCUAAACCAUUGAGCCACCCAGGGAUCCCCUGUCCUGAAUUUCUCGGGUCAGUACACAGUAAAUCAUAUUCCACACAUUUUCCCGCUAGCUGGAUUUUAGGCACUUUGCCUCUCUGCUGUCCAGUUCUUCUUGAAUGCAACUUUUAAACUGUGGUUUUGUUCUUAGAAUUGACAUUUGUGGGUGUUCCAUUAUGCCCUCCCCCGCCACUGCCUUUGUUUUGUUUUGUUUUGUUUUGUUUUGUUUUUCCUGAGCUGAAAAUAUUAAGAAAGAAUGGCAUCAGAUCAACCAGAAAGAGCGAGCCUGUGGGACAUCCGGUUACCGCACAGCAGCAGAGGGGUGUGGAAGCGGAUUCCUGAUGAACUCCUUUGGACUGGGCAUCCACUCGGUUUCACGUCUGGCCAGGUGUUGUGGUGGUGGGAGGUCUACCUACUCACCUGGCCAGGUGAGUCUAAUCUUAGACUCAGAGUAUCUGGUGAUGGAGGGGCUCCUCUCUUCUACUCCAGAGACUGAAGAAUCGGUCAAGGAGGGUAACUUCAGUUACACUCUAGAGAUGCUGGAAUUUGGGUAUAUGUGCUGGAAAAGAAAACCAUGAGUUUGACUUAAUGUUUUCAACGGAACAGAGCUCAGCACCCUUACUGGGAGAUGCUCAGAACUCGGCUCCUCGACAGGCAAAGAGGCGGGUUUCCUUUCCUUAGACACUCUUCCAUCCUUGGGAUGGUCUGCUGUGAGAAGUGUUUUCGGAGUUGGUCUGCGGUUACUGGCUUAUCUGAUGCACGACACAAAUAUUUCUCUUUUCAUCUCUCAGGCCCCAACGUGGGCACUGUUAACAUCGAGUCUCACGUGGGCAGUGUGUAGAUCUGUCUCUUUGAGCUCAUCACACAUGCUCUUCCUUUCAACCCAUCCGCUGUUGUCACUUGGUGCUGUGGGAAUAGUUGUUAAUGCACAAAACGCAGGGAAGAAGUGGGUCUGCUGUCCAAUUUCCUAGCCAAAGUUUAUAUCGAAACCCAAAGGAAACCACUUAAAAGUUACUCCACAUAUUUCAUUUUUAAAAACAAAUGUUUUUGGUUCUGUAGUGCAUUUUGCAUUCCUUUUCCCAUCUCCAGCGAAUGCCAGCACAGUUCCUGUGAAAUUAGCAGCAGGCAUUGAAAGUCCUUCUAGUGGCAUCUGCAUAAUAAUUGCCCAGAGAUGCUUUAUAUCUGGGAAGCAAGCCAAGGAAUAAACCUUGAAGCAAAGUGUAUUAAAUUAGUUAUCUAGUUAGAGCUUUUGGAAUGAGUUCCUGAUGAUGUAUCAAGUCUGAAGCUGGAGCGGUCGGGGUCUAUUUUUUUUUUUGUCUGUUUGGAUUUGAAGAGAGAAAAUUAAAAAUAGAGGGGGAAAAAAAGAGAUAACCAUCUUGCAGCAAAGCCAUUCAACUCUUUGGGGCCUCUGGUUUUGAAGUUUUCCAGUUGAAAUGUGUUAUUUCUUUGAUCCGUACUCAUUUGGGCACACGGAGCCAGCGUUUGUCCUUGGUUAACUGUUGUCCCUGGAUGGCAGGGCUGAGUGUGACGUCUUCAUCCUUGAGCUGCGCUGGGCCUGCUGGGCUUAUUGGUUCCCUUGGGCUCCAAGGAGACCCCACCUUCCGUAGCACUGACAUUUACACACACCUCUUUCCUUGGAUGGGAAGUAAGGGAGGAUUCGGCUGCAUUAGAGAGGGAUGCCAAACGUUGAUUUUUUUUUUUUUUACAGGAGAGGAAAGAGGAAUGAGCUAUUCUCAGUGAGAGGGGAACAGUAAGAUCAGGAAAGGUGAAAACCUCUCCACAUGGAAUAUUUUGAGCAAUAUGCUUCCAAGGAGCUUAAAUAGAGAGAACUUUACUUUUACAAUCUUCGUGAUCAUGGAUUACAAAGAGGAACUAGUCUUUUAUCUAUUAUUUAUCUCCCAUUGCUUGCCUAAGACUCACUUGGCCAUCUCCAGCCCCUUCUUCCAUCAGCCUGGUCGGAGGGGCAUUGUGGGCCCUGUUGAGAAGGUUCUUGUGGGACCCAACCACUAGCUUUCCCAAUACUCACUUAGCCUCUAUCUUGCCUACUCUGUGCUUUUGAGGUUCAGUUUUAAACUCCAGGGGGGCUCAAGAGGUCAGCAUUUUUAUCCAGCUGCCUACUUCUCUUAUCUUUUCAGAUUAAUUACAGGUUGACCAUGUGAAAAUGACAAUAGCUGGACCAUUUUUUGUUACAGUGACAGAAAAUUUACAUGAGUCAACCUAAUACAUACAGUAUUUUUCUUCCCCCUGAUAGAGUAGGGGUCCCAACACACCAUAUAUUAUUUCUCCUCACAAGGGCUAAGAAACAUAAAAGCAUGUGAAGUGGAUGAGUUGGCUUUGCCAUAAUGAGCUUUGCACUCAGUGAAUGGGUCACCUCCUGGGGCUGGGAAGUCACUCUGUCUGCAGAGAUGUUAGUACACCUAGAUGUUAGCACGCUCUCAUAGGCAGGGUUGGCCAUCAGGCACAUCACUAUGGGAUUUUCGGUGGCCACCUUUUUUUGAUGUACAACUUGUGUUAACUUAGCAGACCUUAGCACAGUGCUUAUGGCACACGGUGUGUGGACCUGAAGCUGUCCCCAGCCAGAAAGCAGAAUGUGCUUUUUGAAUCUCAUUCCUCCACUUCUAGUGACAGGUUUGAUGGUGAAAGCAGGUAUAGCUGUUGACUUUCUUUUUCGGGAAAUGUGUUCAUCUCUUUGUGGUGGGGGAGUCUAAGAUAUGUGCAAGGGGGCUGAGACACAAGGGAUGGGAUUGGGUCAGACCUACGUUACUGAUAAUCUAUCCUCAUUCCCCCUCCAUUUUGGCAAUAACUGUUGGGGUCCUAGAAGAGGAGAUUUCAAGAAGUACCAAGUAAUCACUAUUGGGAUCUUUAGGCAGCCCUAUUUGGGCAAUUCAGCUUCCUCACAUUUGACCAAAGACUCUUCUGCUGCUGUUUAAUUUUAUUCCUAUGUACCAGAUGCCCAUCAGGCUCUUAUUUCAUGAUUUCUUUGCAUGAACAAAGUAACAAUUCAUCCAGUGCUGCUUCCAGAUGGAGAAAUUUGGGUUUUCCAUGGAUACUGCACAAAUUUUCCAGUGGCCUACAGCCUUAUGGAUGACAAAUUAGUUGGCCCUAUAGGGUGGAAAUCUCUAAAAUGUUAAAUUAUGUUUGAAGCUUCCCUUGGAUGCUGUGCAAGAAAAUAGAAUGGUUCUUGUCUUUGCCUCAGCUUCUGAGACAUUUGGGGGCAGAAGACCUAAGGGAUACAUCUUUGGAAAAUAACAAGAGAGAUAUGAGGGUUUAUCCAAUCAUAUCUGCCCAUCCAAAUAUGUUGCCCCUAAAGUCACUGUUGUUCGUGGAAUUCUGUAAAACCCAACAGCCAGCUUACCUAAUAUGCAACUUUUAUUGUGUUGACUACCUUUAGCUCCAGCUUAAUAUAACUGCAUCUUCUGCAAGGUCAAACUAAAAUGUUCCCUAUUAAAACGUCCAAGAGCCUGGCAAAUUGAGUAUCUGGCAUCAAUCGAUUGCAUGAGACCGGAUAGUUUAUUGUUGUUUGGUGCAGUGAAGUGGGAGGAUGUGCAUCAGUUCCUAUUGUUCAGAGCUUCGGUCAGCCCUUCUAUUUUAAAAAUAAAUUCAAGGACAUUUCGUUACAAGGCGGGAGGGCGAGAGCUGAUGUGCAGCCUGGCUGUGACGAGCAUCUGCAUAGAAAGUCACUGUGUCUUCUGCGGUGCUUUGGGCCAUCAGGGUCAUUCGUUUCCCCAAGAUGCCAUAGGCUUGCUUAGAGAAGUCAUAAACGAGGCCAGAGGGGUAGUGUGCUGCAGCACCCCUCGGAGGGCCCGGCUGCAGGGUCCCAAUCGGUUUCACCCUGCAGGGUCCCAAUCGGUUUCACCCUUGCUCGUGCUUUUAAACGGCCCUCAGGGCCCUGGGAGAGCUGGGGAAGCUCCAGGAUUCGGGUGUGAGCCUGGGUGCCCGCUCACCGGCCUUCCUGGCAGAGGGCCCUGCCCACCGCCUGGCCCCCGGGGAUGGCAUCUCUGCUCCCUGCGAGCCCGGGGUGCACACUCACGCUCCAGGGUCCCCGUCCCCCCGACCGCACUUGUUCCUCGGCCCCCUGGGCGGGACUAUCCUGGGAAGGCACCAUCCUGGGGCCAGGAGCACCUCCCGGCUCAGGGCUCUGCUGCCCCCACCGCCUCGCGGUCGGUCCGCUCUCCCCUCUGCCUUCCCUCCCCUCCCCUCCCCUUCCCCUGCUCGGCAGAAGCGCUCUCCUAGGCCGGCCUAAAUUACACGGUUAGGAAAUCGAAUUUUAAUCGAUUUAAUUCGAAUUCGAUUAAAAUCGAAUUUUAAUUCUAAAAAGCUCAUAGAGUUUGAAGGAUCAAGAUCUGGCAAAUGGAAAGGGCCAGAAAGAAUGGAAAACAGCUGCAAAGUUGCCAGCAACCACGCGCUGCCCUUUGCCCCUCUCUCCCCGCCUUGGUCGGGGUCGUGGCCGCUCCUCGCUGCUGGGGGACGUGAGAGCAGAUGGAGUCGAUGAGCAGCCCCGGCCGAAGCAGCGCGGGUAGCAGAGGUACUUUGUUUCCCUCUAGGGGGACCUGCACGCGGUCCCAGCGGCUGCGGUGGUCGGUGGCCCGUGUGGUCAGGUGCGCGCGGCACCUGACUCCUCCUGACCAGCUCCCUUGGUGCAGCCUCUCCCCUCGGACUGGGCCUGGCCGCUCCUCAUGGACUGGGCCUGGCCUCUCCCCUCGCACUGGGCCUGGCCUCUCCCCUCGCACUGGGCCUCGGCCUCUCCCCUCGGACUGGGCCUCAGCCUCUCCCCUCAGACCGGGCCUCGGCCUCUCCUCAUGGACUGGGCCUGGCCUCUCCCCUCGGACUGGGCCUCAGCCUCUCCCCUCUGACUGGGCCUCAGCCUCUCCUCAUGGACUGGGCCUGGCCUCUCCCCUCGGACUGGGCCUGCCCGGCGCCGUGGGUGGGAUGGGUGGCAGGUGUCCGGGGAGGGGCAGGACACGCUCAUCACGUGCACCUGAUCCUGCCGUUUCUCCCCCAGCCGCCCUCAGGGAGACGCGGACACCUGCUCCCCUGACCGCAGGGUCCCAGGGGGUCCCAGGAGCGAGCGGGAAGGUCGGGUCGGGUCUUGGGUCGGGUCUUCUGGUCCUUGGGGUGGAGCUGUUUUCGCCCCCAUCUCAGGAAUGCUGCCUGGAGUGAGUCGGGGUAGCUCUCAGCAGGGGCGUCUGCACGUUGCCCAGGGCCUCCCACCUCCCUCAACUGCAGUGUUAGCUAAGAACUACCUUCCCCGGGGAACCCAGAGCUGUAAUUCAGAGCCUUUGUGUUUUUUGUUUUGUUUUGGUUUUCAAUGUGAACAUCGUAGAAUGUUACUGCCAUUUCCUUUGGCUAAACUCUCUUGCCAGUCUGGGGUCUUAAAAAUCUAUUAACCAUUUUAAAAGCAAGGUUACUCUUCAUCGGAGAUGAUUUCCUGUGUGUGUCGUUCCUUCCAUAGCCAACUGACUUGAGGAUUCUCAAAUGGGAAAACGAGAACAGUUUACAUAUGCAGAUGACUAUUUAAACAUAUAACCUUGUGUGAUUCUCCUUACAUCAAGUAACAGGCCAAUGUGGUUUGUUUCACUGGACUGCUUGUCGGGUUACUUAACUCAGUAUUUUGAUGCUUUCCUUGUCUGUGUUUUACAAGAUGUUGUGAAUCGCGAUCUCAUUAGAAACAAUUGGCAUUUCGUAGAUUUCCUAUUGAAACAACGUCGGGACGAGUCCCCAGCUUAGACACCAGGCUGUUCUUAAGGCCCUUGGGUCAGCCCACGGAAGCCUUUGGACUCGGACAGAGCUGAAACGCAGGGUGGGCAGCCCAGUGUGUGGUUGGCUGUCGUGAGCUGACCUGGAAAUGUAACCGCCUCGGGUGGUGUUGCCGUGAGACACGCAUUCCAGGUCGGGACUGGGGAUCCUGACAACCCUUGUCCUCCCCGUGGGUAGCCACUUGCUACCCUGCAAGGUGCAAGUCCGUUCUCUUUGCUACAAACAGUGGUUGUCAGGCGAGAGAGGGAGUGAGAGGUCUAUAGGACAUUCCCUAUGUCAGGGGGUGAUUAAUAUUCAUGGCAACUUUAAUUUGGUAUAGCCUCCCUCUCAAUUUAAUAAUAUUAAAAACCUUAAAUAAAACUAUGCAUGCUAUUCUAUGUGCUUUUUUAUAUCAGUAAAUAAGCUUAUGCUUGCCAGUUUUAUACACAGUUAUGAGGUGUGUAAAACUGACUUUUGACAGUAUUUUUUGCACUGUUUCUUCUGUUUUUAUAAAGUCUUUAGAUAACGGUCCUAGUUGCGUAUUGUUUAUGUUUUCACCAUCCUUGUCAUUGCUGUAAAAUGUUUCAUAUGUGCCUUUACAAAUGUGAGAUCUUUAUUCUAACUUUUUUGUAAAAGAUAUCUAUUGACUUCCAUAUACAAUAAACUUUUUUUUUUUUUUUCAGAGAAAACAGUUGAAUCUUC